AGAGAGGGCCUGAUUGCCUGGGGCUCCCCUUCUCUCACCAGAGCCCAGCAGUCACUGCCAGGGAGAGGAGGUGAGCUGGAGAGCCCCCUGGCUCUGGUAUCCCUAAAGAAUAUUGGGAAACUGGACCCUGGGGAGGCUUGGGGAAUGGGACGUUGGAGUCGGUCCCUAAGGGGCAGCAGCUGAUAGGUGAAUGUGCUGGAGCAGUUGUGGGAGUCCCUAAGGUGCCCUGGAAGCCAGAUGCCUGGGCCCCUCAAAGAAGCAUAACCUUGGAGCUGGGAGGGCUUCAGAGGCACCCUGCCUUCCCAGAGGGCCUCUACAUUUGCAGGGAAGCAGCACCCCCUUGCCUCUCAAGGGGAGCAACCCCAUCUGGUUAGUCCAACCCCAGUUGCCCCAACCUUACUGGGAAGUGGGGACUGGUCCCUGGAUCUCCACACUUAGACACCGGAAGAGAACCACCAGCCCCUUGGGGAAGGAACGGAGUUGGGUCCCCUGGACGACUUGGAACACUCAAAGAUCAAGGAAGGGCAGUAGGGGGAGGCCCCCUGGUGAUGUGGGGUUAUGUGGCCCUGCUCCCAAUCUGCCUGGCGGUGUGGGCUAUAGUUGGGGUCUGGACAGUCUUUGCUUUGGCCGUAUCCAACAAGUCUGUGAAUCUCACGGAUGGCUUUCCUUACAUCAGUCACUGUGGGUCUUUCCCUCCUCAGAGCUGUAUAUUCGGCCAGCUUCUGAAUGUUGGGGCCGCCAUGGUGGCCUGGAUCUGUGUCCUCCGAUACCUCCAGCUCCAGGAAUGGGGGGUCCCUAAGUUUCCCAAUCAGCUGUGUCUGGGGACAGGCUUCCUCUGUGCCUUGGGGGCCUCCAUUGUGGGCAAUUUCCAGCAAACAAAUGAGCUCUCCACACAUCUGUUUGGGUCCUUCCUGGCCUUUGUGGUGGGGGUAGCCUACUUCUGGACCCAGCUGAUCCUGCUGCGUCUGACCAAGCCUCAGACCCAGCCAGGGGCCCCCUGGAUCGAGCCUCUCCGUCUGCUGCUCUGUGGGGCCUGCACUGUUCUCAUGGUGACCAUGGUGGUGCUGCACCUGUGGCCCCUGCGUUCUGCAGCGGCUGUGUGUGAGUGGUCCAUUGCCAUGCUCCUCUUCGCCCUCUUCGGCCUGCUGGCUGUGGACUUUUCCCACCUGAGUGGCUUCGUCAUAACCCUGCAGAGCAGGCCCGCCUCCUGCCCCCAGAGCGCCGCCCACCUGAGCUCUCUCUAGCUCUCCUCUACGCGGUCCCUGGUGGUGCCCCACCUGUUUUCUAUCCCAGGGGACUGUCGACGCAAGCACCCCCUUGGAUUCCAAGCCUGCUGUGGUCUGGGCCCUCCUAUCACUGACCUCUGACCCAAGCCUGGGCCAGAGACAACCAGGAGCAGCAGAACAUUGGGUCUUCAUCCUCUCCUGGCCAGGGGUCUGUGACCUCUGACCCCGACCAUGGCUGAACCGGACACCUCUGCAGGGAGCUACGGCUGUCUGCUUUGGUCACUGAAGGCUCGGCACGUACCCCUCAACCCCAUCUCCCAAGCUCUCUGACUCCCCUGGCUCAGGGGGAGGGGGAAGUGUUGGGGUGUCUAUCAGGAGACCCCGGGAAGGAGCUCUGGCAUCCUUAGGGGCCUUUCUAUUCAUGCUUCAGGCCCUGGGAGGCAACAGCUAUCGGAGUCUGAGGAGCACGUCAAGAGACAGGAGACAGAAGGCGCGAAAAUUGAACUUUUCAUUUCGCGAGAGCA